CACGAUUGUUUUGCGCCAUGUAAAUCUGGGUUAAUAUACGACUAAAGAGAAAGGGGAGAAAAGAGAAAGAAAGAGAAAAAGAGGAGAGACCAUUCGAUUGACUUUGGAGUUUUGUUAUCAUUCGAGUUCGAGGAUAUCAUUUUGUUUUAUUUCUUUCUAUCAAAGUACUCACUCUCUUACAAUAUUGGAAGAUUAUCGUAUCACAAGCAAAAAAAUUCCCAGAAUAUUCACCAAUUCAACGAGUACAAACCCUUUGGAAUCACGACAAAUUUCCUUCUUUUUUCAGCGGUACACAUAUGCCAAGUGUUAAUAGUCCAGUCUCAUCACGUACAAUCAAUUUUCAACCAUUUUCACACAGCCGUCGGCGUUUGAUAUCGAAAUGGAACACGAUCACAUGUUAAGGGAAUGCCCCCCAUCCUACGCAUCUCACGACCCUCAAACCAUAAGUUUGCCUUCUGUACCCACAGCAGACCCCCCACCGAUUCAUCAUGAACGAGUCUUGCCCCCUCUACCUCCUAUGUCUACAGAACCAAAAUAUCGGCAAGAUCCAGUCGCAGAAGUACCAUUGACAUGGCCGUCUUCAAAUCCUCUAACCGCAUAUUAUCAGCCGGGCCCCUCACAGCUAUCUCCUAAAACAACGACUAGAAGAAGUACAGAUUCGCCAAACGGGAUGGACUUAGAUUUAUCAGACAACAGAGCAAGGAGAGGUGGAAGUGUACUAUCUAUAGACGAUCCUGAUGUGCGACUUGCUGCUGAAGCAUUGGGAGAUCUUCGCGCCGAUUUCAUACAGUCUUCCCCCCGUCAGCGUACUGCUCCCUCUUCAAACUCCCCUCGGUUUCGACAAGGUGGUUCUACACAACCAGAACCCCUCCUCUCACUUCUCACCACAUCCCACCCCCUCAUUGGCAAUGCGAUAGGCGGUUCACUAUCCGCAUACUCGGCUUCCAAAAACUAUAGUCCACGUUUCAAGUCUAGUGCAGAAUACGUGGAAAGAAGGAUUACUCCGGUUGUCAAUACAAUUAAUUCUGUCAACCGUAUUACUGGAGUUGAAGGGGGUGUGCGUUGGUUCCUUGGUGGUCGCCGGCCGAGCCAUCAUGGACCGUCCGAUACCGAAUCCGAUUCCCCUUCUCAUAAGCGACGGAAAGUCAAUACGUCCUCUCCGGCCGACCUCGAAGGUCAGCCUAUGCAGUUUGAAAUACAAUUUGAUCAACAGCGCCGCCGUCGGCCUAGCCAGGCUUCUACAACAGACAGCCUUCCUGCAUAUGAUGAUCAACGUAGUCCUAGCUAUGAAGCUUCACAGCAAGCAUUAGUACCAUCAAACCGAGGAUCUGAAGAAUCUGCAUCUCCUGGGAGCUCCUGGCAAUCCCGUCUCGUCCUUUCGACCUCGGGACUCAGUGUCGCAAUGUCGGAAGAGUCGCUCCGAAGUCUGAAAUACUGCCUCAGUUGGAUUCGUUGGGCAAAUGAGCACAUAGGGAAACUAAUCGUGGCAUUGAAAGCAGUCUUGGAACAAUACGAUAAUUCUGGCACCAUUGCUGACACCCCCUACUCCGAAAAGGGAGCUGACAAUAAUCAACGUCAAAUAGUGCUUCACACAGAUGAUCAACGCUCAGCCUUGACUGCAAAGAUUGCGCAGUUGAAUAAGGAUGUCUUGAAGACUUUGAAAGAGGUGGUAGAUAUUGUCUCUAAAUAUGCUGGUGGUGCUCUUCCCGAAAAUGCAAGAGAUCUCGUACGCAAGCACUUGACAUCCUUGCCACGACGAUUUCAAAUCGCAAAUUCCGUUUCAAAUGGUGAGAGUAGAAGUCAUCGGGAUGGAGAUAGUGAUGCCAAGGAAGGCGCACAAAGAGUCAUGGUAUUGGCAAAAGAGGGGUUGGACAUGAUGACUCAAGUAUCAGGAGUUUUGGACGGAACGAUAGUCAGUGCAGAAGAAUGGUGCGAAAAAUUAGGGAGAAAGAAAAGGGAAGAAAGGGAGACAAAUACUCCACAGGAUGAAAAAACGAUGAAUGGAGGGAGAAACGGAAGGGACGAAGUUUUACCAGUUGUUAGCGGUGAUGUCAAGAUGGGGUAUGCAGGGUUCGGUGAGGAGAAGCCUACACUUGUUUAAGUUUGGGUAUUUCUUAUUAUCACUCUUUUGGUCUGGACAUUCUUUGAGUAUGCGCAUAUGGCUAUAAGUGGUGGAGUAUUUAGGGUACGGAAUUGGAAAGAUUUAAAGCUUGGCGUAUUGGAAACUGACGGUACAAAGGGCGUCAGGUUGUGGAAGAGGAGAACUGGGAAACAAGUGAGGAUUAUAUCUCUGCGCAUAAAGUUCACAGAAGGAGUUGAUACUCGCGACAGAGAUUGAUACUACAGAAUGGUUUGUGAACUUUGUGUUUGCACUCUGAGUGAGCGAUAUUUAUCGAUGUAAAAGAAUCAAUAUAUUCUAGAUUUCUGAUGCAAUG